UAUGACGGUGUUAAGAGUCCUUGGAAUACGUUGUGUUUUUUUAUAUAGUAGCUAUGUUGUAAUAAUUAUAAAACAAUGAGAAAGUAUCCGCUAUGCAUUGCUUUAUUUAUUAUAUGGAUAAACAUCAUCUGGAAUGGAGUCGCUGAAAAAGAUCGUUGUAAAAUAUGUGUGAAAAUCAGUGAUUGCCCUAGAUUUAUGCGGAUGACGAUUCAAGAACAACGAAUUUGGAAGUCACAUUUUCCUUGUGAUAAUUCCAAAAAUCAUGGAGAAACCUCAUCGGUCUGCUGCUUAGUUUCAAACAUUAGCAAAACCGAGCGAAAUAACACAAGCUAUCUUUACACAUCAGACAGUCCAUUAAAUAAACAAAACACUAAGAAAAGGGAAACUAGGCCCAUUCAGUUUAACCACGAAAAUCCUCAAAAAAGCAGUAAUGUAGACGAUAAAACACAUAAUCCAGGACCAUAUUAUCCGAACCCAGAGAACCAGAAAGGAGAGAAACCGCUAAAGCCCAAUUUGAUUCAAAAUCCGUAUUUCAUUCAAAAACCCAAUCCUCAGAGUGCAACUUUAAACAAUGGAAACAGUAAUUUCUAUGGUCUAGUGAAUUCUGAUUAUCAAUGCAAAGUGCAAACGAGCUUGCUGCCGGAUCCUACAUCUGGAUGCUGCGGUCAAGACGCGUCAGAUUCUACAGGCGUAACGAAUUUGCAAAAGAUUUUUAAGAUAAUUCCACCAUUUAAUCAGAAUAGUUUCGCUGGUCCCAGACAGAAACGACAAGCGGAAAAUGAAACAGACGAUGACAUGUUAGAUGACAGAAUAGCUGUAAAACCAGGUGGCAAGAAUACUGAGCUGCUCCAGUUUCCAUGGACAGUGCUAUUGAAUAUAAUUUUUGCUCUUGGUAACCAUAGGGAAUCAUUCAGUUGUGGUGGAUCAUUGAUUAGCGCAAAAUAUAUACUUACUGCUGCACAUUGUCUUUUUUCAAAUGAAGCUAAAUUAUUUGACAUUGAAAUAACUCUAGCAGAGUAUGACAAGAGAACGUUUCCGAGAGAUUGUGCGAAUAUAGGAAUUGGGUUAAGCGAGAACCGAAAAUGUAUAGACAACGUUUUGAUGCAUGCAAAAAAUAUAAUAAUCCACCCUCAGUUCGAUGAUGAUCGGCUUUAUAAUGAUAUUGCUCUCAUCGAAAUCGAUGGAUACGCGCCCUACACUCGGUACAUAAGGCCGAUAUGCCUACCAUCUACCAACUUAGACGAUCCAGAAUUUUCCAAUCUCCCUUUAACUGUCGUUGGCUGGGGUCGAAACGGGGAAUACAAUACAAAUGUUAAGAAAUCAACAAUCGUGAAUUUGGUACCUCAUGAUGAAUGUGAAGCCUCCUAUCCUUAUUUGUCAAUUGCUCAACUCUGCGCAGCGGGGCACACUGGGAAGGACACUUGCAAAGGUGACUCCGGUGGACCGUUAAUGUUACAAUACAGAACCAAUUACUACGUAGUCGGUGUUGUUAGUGGAAAAAGAUCAGACAGCCCUUGCGGUACUACAGUGCCUUCUCUGUAUACAAACGUAUAUUAUUACGUACCGUGGAUAAGAAAUAUUAUCGGGAGUUAACAUUUACACAAUUGUUUAUUAUUUAUUAUAUUAUUUGGAUAAAUAAAGAUUGAUUAUAAUAA